GAGUCAUCGAAUUUCCGAGGGAUUCUCCUGCUUCUCCCAACACACCCUGAUGGAUCUCACCCCAUCCCCCACCUUGAUCGCCAGCCUCGCGGCCGGCAUCGUAGGCCUCUACCUAGCCUACCGAGCCCUACUCCCUAAGCCUAUCCCCGGAAUCCCAUACAAUGCAGCCUCGGCAAAGAAACUGCUGGGUGAUGUCCCCGCCAUGAUGUCGCACAUGGCCACCACGGACGGAGGCACCUUCAUCACCUACGUCUUGCAGACGAUGAAGACGCUCAAUGCGCCUCUGAUCCAAGUGUUCAUCCGACCCAUGAGCAAGCCUUUGCUGAUCCUCGGCGACUUUCCCGAAGCCCACGACAUCUUGGUCCGGCGAACCAAGGAGUUUGAUCGAUCGCACACCCUGGGGGAUCUGGUCUCGGGACUGGCUCCCGAUCACCACAUCCAUCUGAAGACUAAUGCAGCCUGGAAGGCUCAACGGCGACUGGUGCAAGAUCUGAUGACUCCGUCGUUUCUGUACAAUGUCGCUGGACCCGUCAUUCAUCAGCAUGUGAGCACGAUGGUGGAAUUGUGGCGGACGAAGGGCAGAAUUGCGGACGGAAGGCCAUUCGCUGCUGCCGAUGAUAUCAAUCACAUGGCGUUGGAUGCAGUCACGGCGUUUGCGUUUGGCGAGGGAUUCGACCAUAAUGCAACUAAACCGACCCUCGCGGCAGUCCAAUCCAUGAGUGCUGAGGAGAAAGAACGCGUGAAGCAGAUGGAUCAAAGCCAGCCUGUCCUUUUCCCUCAGGGAGCAGUGGAUGAGGCAUUGCAGGCCACCUUGGACCUGACCGAGACGGUCGGCGAGGUGCAGGGGAACCCAGUGCCGAGCUUGACCUGGGCGUAUGUGGUCCGAAAGCCGAAGAUUAAGAAGGCAAUUCAAAUCAAGGAAGACUACAUUCGACAGGAACUGGUGAAGGGGGUGGAACGGCUGCAUCCAGAAGGGGAGGUGGUCAUCAAGUCGGCCAUCGACCAGAUGAUUGUGCGGGAGAAAGCUUUGGCGGAGAAGGACGGACGACAGCCGGAUUAUUUCUCGCGGGUCAUUAUUGACGAGACCUUUGGGUUUGUCUUCGCCGGUCAUGAAACCACCAGCACGACCCUCUGCUGGGGCCUCAAGUUCCUCGCCGAUCAGCCCGACGCCCAGACGAAAUUACGUCUCGCUCUGGAGGCGGGCUUUCCUGCCGCUUACGCAGCCGGACGCAAUCCCAGUAUCCAAGAGAUUACCGGGUCGAACAUCCCGUAUUUAGAUGCCACGAUGGAGGAGAUUCUUCGCUGUGCGGGCACCGCCCCGGUCGUGGAUCGGGAAGCCCUCGUGGACACGGAGCUUCUCGGGCAUCCGAUCCCCAAAGGCACCGUGGUGACGUGCUUGGUGACCGGACCAAGCAUGAUGAGCCCCGGAUUCGACAUUGACCAGACCCGACGCAGUCCCAGCAGUCAGACGGCCGAGAAAGAGGGUCAAUUCCGAUCGUGGGAUCCCGCCGAUAUGGCUCGCUUUAAUCCCGACCGCUGGAUCGUGCAGACGGAGAAAGGCGAUCAUUUCAACGCCGUGGCGGGGCCACAGUUGGCCUUUGGACUCGGCACUCGCGGCUGUUAUGGGAAGCGCCUGGUAUACUUGGAAAUGAGAACGCUGCUGGCAUCGGUGCUGUGGAACUUUGAGCUUCUGCCCUGUCCGUCAAACUUGUCGGGAUAUCAGGCGUCGCUGAUCACGACGAAUGAGCCCAAGCAAUGCUAUGUUCGCUUGCGUGAGAUACAGCGAUCUGGGUGAUAGGUCCAUGUAUGCCUUCAUAG